CCGCGAAAGCGCGGUGCAUGCUGGGUAUAACUAAGCAGACGCCAUCUUCACCGGUGGAGGAAGAAACAACAUAUUGUGGAGAGUUUUCUCCUCAGAAAUCACGAUUUUGUUGAAUAUCCGAUCUUUUCACGAACAGGAAACUUAGAUGGUGUUCUAGAGAUGGCGUUGGACUUCAUUUCAGAGGCGGACUCGCGAUUCUUCGCCGACAACUUGCUGUCCAGCGAGGACUGGGAUGAUGGCACACUGUGUAACAUUGAGGACCUGCCCGACAUCAGUGACUUCGGCAGUGCAGACGAUCUCUUACAGAGGAUACCUGACAUAGAGUUUGAUGACUUGCUGGGGGGCAGGUCUGACCUGUUGGACGGCAGGACGGACCUCAAGCUGUCUGAUGGGUUCAAUGACCCCUGGCCUGACAUGGACGUCGGCCUCGACCAAAAUGGUUUCCAAGAUAUCCAGGUGAAGACGGAGCCCCUGUCUCCCGCCCCCUCCUCCUGCUCCGACUCCUCAGGGGAGGGAUUCUCAAACCAGAAGUAUUUUGACAACCCCCAGAUGUCCCCCCAGAACGGCAUCGUGGAGGUGAAGCUGGAAACCCCUCCCCUGACCCCCGGGUCCCAGAACCCUUCUCCCCCACCCCCCAUGUCCCCCUACCAGUGUAAACCCACCCCCAUCGUGCCCAAACCCGCAGGGGUGCCCAUCAUCACUGCACAGCCCACAGGUGCACAGACACAGCCCAGUCUACAGGACACACUACAGAACCUCAAAGCACAGACUCCAGGUCAACCCAUAGUCCUGACACAGGCAGAGUUUGCCAGACUUGCAGCACAGGGGCUCAUCAAGCCAACCAAUCAGCAGGCUGUUACCACGACAACGACCCAGCAACCUGCAGCCACGCUGACCAAUCAGCAGCCAGCCCCAGCUCCAGUCCAGGUGCCCCCUGCCAAGCCUAUUGCACCUGCCAUGUCCAACGCCUCACUGGCCAAUGGCAAUGUAGAUAUGAAAGUGCUGAAGCGCCAGCAGCGGAUGAUUAAGAACCGAGAGUCGGCCUGUCUGUCCAGGAAGAAGAAGAAGGAAUAUCUGCAGGGUCUUGAAGACAAACUCAAGGCUCUCGGACGACAGAACGAGAAACUGCGCCAGGAAAACACUUUACUGAAGAAGAGAGUAGACUUUCUUAACAAUGAGAAUGAGAGACUACGGAGUUCAAAGUCACUCUUUGGCAGCAAACAGACCACUGUUGCCAUGGCAAUACUGUUCCUGGUCUGCUUCAAUCUGGCACCUUUAGCUACAUACAGUUUGUUCAGAAGAACAUCAGACCCAGAGAUAGGAGACAUGCCCAUCAGACAUGCGCGGACACUCCUGCAGUUCUCAGAAGACGGUAACAUGUACUCCCAGGACCCUGACCAGACUAACGACUUCAGGUACAGUGCUCCCCAGGAGGAUGUGGUUCCUGGGAAUGAGAGCAAACCUGGGAAGGAGAAGAGCAGGAGCAGCAGCUUGAGUGACAAGGCCCUGAUGAUUCUCCCAGAAUUCCCCAAACCUGGAGGGAGUAAACCUGGCAUAGAGGAGAGAGUUCUGCCGUCAUGUCCACUCUUCAACACCACAGACUCUAUCAGGUUGGCAGACGAGCUGACCGGCUGGCUGGCAGGCCUGCACAAACAGGAGUUCAAGGAGAAGCAGAAAACCAAGAAGAAGCCUCCUCCCAAGAAGAAGAGGCCUGCAGUCCACAGGUCCCCCAAGCGGUACCAGAACACCCACCUGGCCCUGGCCCCCCACCCUGAUAACGAGGUGUACGAGGUCCAGGUGUUUGGCGGGCCCGACCGCAGCUACCUGGAGUUUCUGGAGGCCAUCAACAGGAGGGAGGACACCUUCUACGUCGUCUCCUUCAGGAAGGACCACCUCCUGCUGCCAGCCACUGCUCACAACAAGACCAUGAGGCCACGCAUGUCCCUCCUCAUGCCUGCUGUCAAUGAAACCCUGCUGGACACUCCCCAGGGCCACAUGGCCAUGAUGCAGAUUGACUGUGAGGUGAUGAACACCCAGAUGAUCCAGCUGAAGACAUCCAACAUCCCCGCCUAUCUCCGUGACAACGCCACCUACGCCGUCCCCUCACAGAACAUGGACCCCAAGACUGUCCAUGUGCAUCCUCACCCAGAAGGCACCAUUCCUCCUCACUAGCCAAUCAGAACACACUGUAAAAGUCAACAGCCAAUCAGGGGUCUCCUUGUGAAUGUACCCAGCCAAUCAUAAUUCACAGUGUUGUUGUUGGCUUGGGUAUAUUCUCAAGGAUGACCCUGGUUGGCCGUUGCUCAGCCAAUCAGGAGCAUUUGUAUAUGUUCCUAGCCAAUCACAAUCUACAGUGUAACAGACUGACCAAUCAGGAAGAGCAGCAACUUCUUGCUGGUUUAAGAGGUUUUGCUUGUUCCCAGUUAUACAGAGCAAGUCAUUUGUAAGAAAAAGAAGAAGAUAUUGUCAAGAAAAACAAGCGGUUUGUACUUUCCAAGCAAAGGGAAGACUUUUAUCCCAAAGAUUUUGUUGAAAUGGGAAAGUUGUGUGAGAUGUUGAAAUGACUUGAGAGGUAUUGAGAGGGAUAAAAUGAACUGUGGUAGCUAUUUCCUGCAGCUAUUUUGUGUGGUAUAACCACAUUGUUGAGAAAAGUACAAGCAAAGAUUUUAUACUUAUUAUGUAAGAAGGAUUUCAUGCUUGUAAAAUACCAUGCAUGUAUACGUGGGGGGAUGGGGGGGGGUGUAUUUUGGGGAAUGGUGGACCAGGGCAUUGUUGCAAUAGUAGGUGGCAGGAGAGGUGUUCUUGUAGAACAAGGUGGUGCAUUGAGGAGUAUUGCAGUGUUUAACAAGCACAAACUUCUGCAAGACUCUUUAUGCUGUUUAAAGCGUCAGAGGGAAGAAAAAUGUAUCAGUAAAAAUAGAAAAGAUGACAAAAAAGAUAUAAUCCGAAUAGAGGACAGUUUCUACAUGAGGUGCCAGAUUUGGGCACAUUUUCAUAUUUUUGGUGUUAAUUUUUAUACUAUGUCAAUUUGUGUUUGACAAUCUUAAAGCUCUGCACAUUUUUCAGCAACCACAGUAGAGCAUUUCUGUUGUUUUUUAUUUAGCCAUUUUGUUUUGCACAUUGAAUAUCUCACACACAUUUGAAUGAAAGAUAAGAGUGGAAAGAUCAACCAAACUAGCAAAGAGUUGAAUCAGAGUUGUACAUAUCUUUACUAUGCCAUUCUAGUUGUAGCACUUUUUUUGCUGCUCCUUAUCAAAUAGCCUCCACUGUUAUUUUUAAAAACAGUACAGUCAUGUACUUAUUAAGGGGGCAGUUUGUGCAUUCAUGUAUUAUAUCAGUUGUAGAAACUUACAAAUGUAUGGGUGUGAGAGGAGGUGUUGGGUGGUUUAUGGUUAUUGUUAAGUUGCAGUAAGGCAAUGAUAAGAUGCUUUGUUUUUGUGAGAAAGGAAUGAGGGGAGGGGGGUAUUUAUUAUUGUGUGGAUGGGUCUUAUGCUUGGUUAUCAAUUUAAUGUUUGGCAUCUACACUAUUUCAAUAGCUGGUACAGUAGAAGCCAGUUAAUUGCACAACGAAUAAUCGCACACUUCUGUUAAUUGCACGUGAUCCCAAAAUUCCGUGGUAGCGCGGUCCAGCUUAAGAACUUCGCUUUGUUGCACCAUUCGGAUAAUUGCACGAAAAUCACUGGCAAAUGGGGUGUGCAAUUAAGCAGCUUCUACUGUAUACAUUUUGGUAGUUGAUGCCCAACGCUUAGGUGAUAUGUGUAUUCUGUAAUUGAUUAAGUUGUAUUUCGUGCAUUUAUGAUUUUGUCUGAUUUGUAUUUCUAGCCAAUAGCUACCAGAAGAUCUUGUUACUUCUUUGGAAGGAAAAUUUAUAAAGCUAAGAGUCUGUUACACAGAAAGGGGCUCUACAUGUAAGCCAGAAAUUUUCCUUGAAAAAUAUGUACAUAUUUUAUUAUGUCAAGGCUAAGGCAUUACAUCUUGAUUGAAUUUUUACACACAUUUUGAAUGUGUUUGCUAUAAGUUGUGCAGGAGUUCGGGUGAUUUUCUUUUGGGUCCAGGAAAAGGUAUUUCUUUUUCCUGCAGCAUGUUGCUUAUAUGCAGGCUUGAUGGCUUCAACUAUUGUCACAUUCCUACAUUUUGUCUAAGGCAUGUUUAAAAAGGUGAGCAGUUUAUAUCUAGUCAGCAAUAGUAAGUAUUGAGCUCGCAUGUAGUUGUAGAUGUCAGAAAGAACGAGGCUUGUUGUUUAUGGUGCAAAGAGAGCUUGCCAAAAAAGAAUGAGGGAAAAGAGAUGUAAAUAUUUCAAUAAAGGUUUCUACCUUGGAGUAAAAGA